AUUGAGAAUAUCAAUUUGAAGUGACGAAGUACGAGUCAGAGCCAUACAGUAACACAGACUUGAUCGGCUAAAAUUGGCACCCGCCAACGUGAAGUGCUCCACGGCUGAAGGGACGCCACCAUUAACGGCGCUUGCCGAGCCGACAGAACCGCGGAUGAACGUUUCCGCGGUGGGAUAGUAUGUAUUUUGUUGGUGGUCUUUUGGGGUAUUGUCAUUGGAGGUACUCAGGGACCAGCUUAGCAUCGCUCCCUUGAUCGACCAUGGAUUGCAUUUCGCAUUGAACCCGUCAAAUCUCAUAUAUUCGAAAGAAUGCUUAAAGAAGAUGUAUGGCGGCUUGAUGCGCUUAGUCAUCCGUCCCUACCGCACCUAGACAAGCCAUCAUGUCUGCAACAGCGUAUGAGCAUACUUCCAAGGUCGAAGUGGUCAUCGAACGACGUAAUGCCCAUCUCCUUACUCGUGAUGAAGAAACACGUGCAAAGCUUGGAUAUAAGCAAGAGUUCAAGCGUGCCUUCACCAUGUUUGAGACAUUCGGGCUCGUUUUUUCCAUCAUUGGGCUAUUUCCAAGUAUCGCCUCUGUCUUGGUCUAUGCCAUUCCAAAUGGUGGUGCGGUGUCGAUGGUGUGGGGGUGGCUCGUCGCUUCGCUGUUCCUGAUGACAAUUGCGCUGGCUAUGGCUGAGCUGGCAAGCGCAGCUCCCACCUCUGGCGGUCUUUAUUUCUGGGCUCAUCACUACGCCUCUCCUAAAUGGAGAAACUUGUUUGCUUGGAUUGUCGGCUAUGCUAAUACAGUUGGUACCAUAGCCAGCGUGGCGUCAAUUGACUGGGGUUGUGCCGUCCAAAUUAUGGCGGCUGCGACAAUCGGUUCGCCUCACUUAUCUUUCUCGCCUACGACAAGUCAGACCUUUGCUGUGUAUCUUGCUAUCGUUCUGUCUCACGCUGUUGUCUGCUGUCUUGGAACAGCGGUGCUAGCUCGCCUACAGAAUAUUUAUACGUUUCUCAAUAUUGCUCUCUGUUUGGCAAUCAUCAUUGUCAUUCCUGCCGUGACUCCAAAGGAAUAUCACAAUACCGCAUCGUACGCCCUAGGCAACUUCACGAAUCUGAACGGCUGGCCAAAUGGCUUUGCUUUCUUCCUUUCAUGGAUGUCACCUGUUUGGACAAUCUGUAUAACAAACGCAGCAACCGCCGUACCUUGGAGUAUCGUCCUCGCCACCGGCGUUGGUGGCAUCCUCGGCGCUGCAAUCCUCAUCGUCCUCAGUUUCUUCAUGGGUACGGACAUGGAAUCCAUUGUGAACGAUCCAAUAGGCCAACCAAUGGCGACCAUUUUAUUUAACUCGCUGGGAAGGAAGGCUACGCUUUCCCUCUGGGCGAUUGUGGUUAUUGUACAGUAUAUGAUGGGAAGCAGUAUGCUUUUGGCUUCUUCGCGUCAGGCUUUUGCAUUCUCUCGAGAUGGGGCUCUCCCCUUCUCCAGGUAUCUCUAUCGGAUGAAUUCAUUCACAGGGACACCAGUAAACACUGUUUGGUUCUCGGGCAUUGGAGCGGCUCUCCUGGGGUUACUUUCGUUUGCGGGUCCUGCCGCCAUUAGCGCCAUUUUUUCCAUCUCUGUGAUGGGGCUCUAUAUCGCGUACUCGGUUCCGAUUAUGUGCCGAUUCGCUUUCCGCGGUUCGGUGGGCAGAUGUAGUUUAUUCAGUCCAAUACCCUACUUGCCCAUUAUCCUUUACGGCUUUCGUCAUCAGGGCCUCCCGAUAGCCAUUGUCGCUGUACACUUCAUGGCGUUCAUCAAUGUCAUCUUCCUUUUCCCAAGCACGCCUCACCCAGGUGCCAAUGACAUGAACUAUUCCGUUGUCGUGAUGGGAAGUGUUCUGAUCUUUUCCCUCCCAUGGUACUACUUCCCAGCGUACGGUGGCGUGAACUGGUUUCGAGGACCAAUACCAACUAUAAACCCCCAAUACAUCGGCAGUGAAGCGGAGAAUCCUGACACCAGGCAAUCUGAUGCUGCGUCAGAGAAGAAAGUCGACACGUGAGUGCGAGCACACAAUGAAUCCGUCUAGAAGCGAAUCUUUGGGUAUUUUACUUGGAACUCAAGCUGCUUAGUUCUUUGCGAUCAUAUCGUUUUCCCAAGAACUUCGACUCGACAUUUAGGCCACAUCCCUUCGUCCGCUGCAUCCGUAGUGCUUUCCUUUCCAAGUUGCUAAACCACAUCGAGACUUCGCCGCCGAUUUGGAUUUGACUGCCCCAAGUAUUAAUGACCCCCAACCAAG